UUUGCUUACCACUGGACGAGAUACAGUCAGCCGUCGAACUCUAACAGUGACACAUACACACACAGUAUUAACAUGGAUACGACACCGAUCUUUCAGUCCAGCUUCUCCAUUCGAUCUCUACUAUCUGUGGGCAAUAAGGUGGAGGAUCCUGCAAAUGGCAAUCAGUCAGUAAGCAGUUCUGAAGACGAGAACAAAAUAUUGGGCACUACCAGUUCCAGUUCCAAUGCGAUAGACCACAAGAGCAAUGCCAAGCCGGCUUUCACCUACAGCGCCCUCAUUGUGAUGGCCAUAUGGAGCAGUCCGGAGAAGAGGUUAACUCUCAGUGGGAUUUGCAAAUGGAUUGCCGAUAAUUUUCCCUACUAUCGAACACGCAAGAGCGUUUGGCAGAAUUCCAUACGUCACAAUCUCAGUCUCAAUCCGUUCUUUGUCCGUGUGCCCAGAGCUCUCGAUGAUCCUGGCCGUGGUCAUUACUGGGCACUUGAUCCUUAUGCCGAGGAUCUGUCCAUUGGCGAGACAACGGGACGUCUGCGUCGUAGCAAUUGGUCACAGAAUCAAAUGGGAAGACCCAAGAUUGGGGGACAUCCCUACCAGCGUAUGCCACACUACGGUCACGUUCAGGUUCCACAUUUGAAGUCUCAUGGCACCUAUUUUCCCAUCGUACAUCCAGAUCCUCAGCAUCAUCACACGGCCAUGGUGCAGCAUUACCAGGCCAUGAUGCACAGACAUCAGAUGAUGCAACAUCAUACUCAUCAGCAUCUUCAACUUCAGGCUCCACAUCAGCUUCAGCAUCUGCAUCAUGGUUACCAUUUUCAUCGGGAGUAG